AUUCUUGAAAUAUCCAAAGUCCGAAUGUACAGCUUCAUCUACGAAUCGCUCUUUUCUCGCUUGACAUGUCCAGUGCAAUUGAUCUAUAGCGACACGGACAGCAUAAUUUUUUCUCUCACGUGUGAAAGCCUGGAAGAGCAGCUGAUGAAGAUUGAGAGUGAGUUAGAUCUGUCUUCCUAUCCGCCGGACCACCCACUUUUCAACGACGAGCACGCGAAUCAGAUGGGGUACUUCAAAGACGAGACGGGAGGUGGAGUUAUUCAGGAAGUCGUAGCCAUCCGAGCGAAAAUGUACAGCAUCCUCUUGGCUGGGACACACAAACAGAUCGCGAGAGCGAAAGGAGUUAAGAAAGACGUGGUGAGGAAACAUUUAUUGCACGAAGUGUACCGAGAUUCUCUGUUCAAUGAAAAGGCGGUCUCUCAGAAGCAGUGCACCAUCCAGAGUAUAAAGCAAACGAUGUACACCAUUUCGAGACUCAAGAAGAGCUUGGUCCCCUACGACGACAAGCGCUAUCUCGUGGAUGCCGUACACUCCUUCCCUUAUGGAAGCUGCGAAUACGCAACGGAAAACCCGGAAGAGAGCCCGAGAGCGUCGACGUCGUCAGGCAUCGAGUAACCGCGGAACAAAGAGCUGCACGCGCAUGUAAUCGAGAAUAAAAGUUCUAGUCGAGA